UUUGGCAUUGUUAUCAGUCCUCGAGCGUAGUGCUGAUAACGGCAGGUGAAAUCGUGAUGUGAAACCGGCGUCUCUCUACCCCGAUGCGUCCGAUGCUGUCAAAAUCGUAAAGUAUGCAUUUUCUGCCCGAACCGUGCCUAACCUCGACCGCUCGAAUUUCGGUGCUUCGCGAAAAUGGACAAUUCGGCGGCUAAAAUUAUCGUCUUUCAGUGUGUGCAUUUAAAAAUAAAGCCGUGAAGUUAUCAGUGGAUGCAGUUGCAGUUUGGUUAUUUAUUCAGUGGCGUGCAUGAACCAUCGAUUGUUUUAUUUUCGUAACAAAGGAGGUGCUCUCGGUGGCUUUUGCGGGAUCUUGGGGCCUAAUUCGGAGGAAUGAGCCGGAGGUUGUGAGAGGGAUCGAAUAAAAUGGAAAGUAUUCGAUGUCUGACGCGGAACUGGUACAAGAUACCGAAAGCGUUGUUAAGGCUGUGCUUUAUUCUCGUGAAUAAUGUGUAUUGUAUUCCUACGUAUGUCAUAUGGAUGGUUUUGUUGUCGCCCCUUCGGAAAGUCAACCCCGACGUGUACUGGAAGAUAGAGGGCUACUUCUUCCACUGGCUGCUGGCGAUGGUGUCCAUGUGGAGCUGGUCGGCAGGAUAUGACGUCGUCGAAAUCGGCGACGACAUCACAAAAUGCAUCGACGACCGCACCCUAGUGAUAGCCAACCACCAGUCCACCGGCGACGUUCCGCUGCUAAUGUCGACCUUCAACCCCCGCAAACAGAUCUUGCCGAACAUCAUGUGGGUGAUGGACAGCCUGUUCAAGUACACCAACUUCGGCAUCGUCAGCGUCCUCCACCGAGACUUCUUCAUCAUGUCGGGUAAAGACAAGCGGGACAAGUCGCUCCAGGACUUCAUCACGCACCUCAUCGACACCUACAUGCCGCUGAACCGGAAGUGGAUGGUGCUGUUCCCGGAGGGCGGCUUCCUCAGGAAGCGGAAAGCGGUCUCGCAGCGGUACGCCCAGAAGAACGGACUCCCGCUGCUGGAGCACGUGUCGCUGCCGAGGGUGGGGGCGCUGCACGCCAUCAUGGAGACGGUGGGGCCGAAGGCCGUGGCUAACAAUAACUCGUUCGGCGCGGAAGUGUCCACCCUGCAGUGGAUCCUGGACAUAACGGUGGCCUACCCCCGUGGGGAGCCCAUCGACCUCGCCACCAUCGUGUUCGGGUGCCGCCCCCCGUGCCGGACCACCCUCUUGUACCGGCUGUACCCGUGCCGGGAGCUGCCCCAGGACAGCGAGAGCCUGACGAAGUGGCUGUUCGACCGGUGGGAGGAGAAGGAGCGCAUGCUGGAGUGGUUCUACCGCACCGGGGAGUUCCCGGGGGACCACGGCGAGGGCCAGCUCGUCGAGCAGGACUACUUGCGUUACGUCAUCCUGCACCUCUUCUUCAUCUUCUCGACGUAUAUCCACGUCCAGAUGUUCCAAGCAGCUUACCACUACUGCAGUUAUCUGAUUUACUAGCGCUCCGUUCUCGCAUAUCUGAUCUGUCUGGUGCGGUUGUACCUGUGACAGGUCGGCGAAUAUGCGAGCUUUUUCGUUUUUCUUGAACACUACCUACCACCGAGGAGGCUCUGGUCGGAGAUCGCGCAAAGACGACUGUGAUUCGGUUUUACGGGCGAGGCGUGAUGCAUUCCAAAUCGAGGUUGAGAGAAACGAAAAUUUUGCACGUACUUAACGAAAGGAGGUUUCGUAAGUCCGAACAAUGGGUAACUUAUAGUAAUAAUAAGGAACAAUCUUGCCUUUGGGUGUUGUUUUUUUGUUUUACGUAAUCAUAAUGGUAGAUUUUGUACAGUAGAUUAGGACCAAUGUGCAUUUCGUAUGGUUUCUUUCUGGUUUUUUUCACGGCGAAAUUAUGAGGCUCAAUCGUUGACGUCCAUUUUUUAUCAAAGUUUAACACGUUUCGAUACUUUUAGCACCGCACUCAUCUCGUUUCCUUUUUUUUUUAAGUCGCUUGUUGUUUUAAAUUUUUCAGGGUUAACUUAUUAUGUAUACAUAUUUUUGUAAAUUUCAAGUUUCUUUGUAAUAAAAAAGAAGUCGAACGU